CAUGUGUAGAGCAAAGUCCCAUGUUAACAGAUUGACAAUAUGGUGCAAUGUUUAAGCAAGUAAACAGUAGCGAUUGAGUACAAUAACUUGGAUAGAAACCUACUAAUAUGACUAAACUACUGAAAUAAAAACGUAAGAAAAAAUCACCAUUAUGAAUAAUAACUAAGUGCAUUUAGGAUUUUAGUUGAACGCAGCAGGCUAAUAACAAUUUAAUUUUAUAAAAAACAACAGGAAAAUAAGAAUAAAUCAGGAGUAGCGGAUAUUAAGUUAACCAUGGGCCCAACAACAACCAGCCCAGUAAUGAGGGCCACCCCUGCCCCAAGGGCACUGACAGCAACUACAGCCUCUACAGCUUCGGGGAAGCCGAAAGCACAAAGCGCCAAGAAAAUAGAAAAUGCUGAAACUAAGAAAGCCAGAAAAAGAAAGAUGUUAAAAAGUCAAACUUUUCUUAAAUUAGGCACUAGGAGUAGAUCACCAGAGAAGGAUGAAUGGCCAAGAAAGUCAGAAGAUUAUGAAAAGACAAAAUCCGGACGAGAAUCCUGGUGGAGAAAAGAUAUUAGGGAGACACCCCUCCCAGGUACUUACGACCAUUAUGAUUUCAUAGAUGAGGUAGACAAGAAACAAAAUACUUAUAGAUUUAAAAGUGAUGGGAGAAAACGUGAUGCACAUCCGUGGCAUAAAGGAGCUGCACUUAUGCCUGGUGCUUAUGAACAUAAAGACUUUCUUUCAAAUUUUGACAAGUUCAACACUACAUAUGGUUUUAAAAGUACUAAGAGAGAUGCAAGAGAUUUUCUUAACUUUGGUAAAAAAGACAAGGACAUCAAUGUUGCUCCUAACCAAUACACUGCUGAGAAGUACCUAACCUGUUCCGUGGAAAAACAACCAUCAAAACAUUUCAUGUUCAAAUCACAAUCUCAACGAUUCCCUACAAAAUAUUUUAGACCAGGUUCAUCAAAUUCACAAAAAUCCAACGAUAGUGACGAAACAAAAAUUGGUCCUGCACCUGGCAACUAUGAACAUACUCCACCAGAUGCGCUUCACCCAAUAUCCUCUAGCUUCAAAUCACGUACUCCACGAUUCUCAACAUCACAUACGCGGGUACCUGGGCCUGGGUCAUAUGAAAAGACAUUCCAAUCCCCAAUGCCUGCAACUAUAGCCAGAAUGGGAAAACAACAUGGACUUUUCUUUUCAAGUGCAUUUCAAGUUUGAAAGUUGACAUUUAAUUAUGGUAGGAUUUAAGGGAAACUGAUAGGACGAGGCCUUAGGCAGAGAAAAAGCAGUUUGGAUCAUAAUGAAAUGGAAUAGGAUGUCAUUUUUUGAGGUCAAAUGAAAAAUUCCUCAAAAUUAUAUCCUGCAGUAUUACUUUUACAUGACAAGAAAAUAAAGGCUCAAAACAUUAUGAAGAUUGUAGUAUUAUUCAAAUUGCUCAACUAGGCAUUAGCUUCAAUAUGCUUUUGAUAUUACUGUCAUUGAAUAUUUUGUCAUUAAUAAUUCCAUUUGUGCAGUAUGUACAUAGAUUUCUUUUAAAACACA